AUGGACAGUUGCAGUCUGAUAAACGCUAAUUCGGGAGUGAAAUUAAAUUCAGUUUCUACUAGCAACAGCAGCAAUCGUGUGAUUCUAAAUGUUGGUGGAGUACGACAUGAAACCUACAAGUCGACUCUGAAGAAGAUACCAGCAACUCGACUCUCCCGCUUGACAGAGGCUUUGGCGAACUACGAUCCACUGCUGAAUGAGUACUUCUUUGAUAGACACCCAGGUGUAUUUGCUCAAGUCCUUAAUUACUAUCGAACAGGAAAAUUGCAUUAUCCAGUUGAUGUUUGUGGCCCACUUUUUGAAGAGGAAUUAGCAUUUUGGGGCCUGGACUCAAACCAAGUGAGUAUGCAUUGUGGUCUCAUUCAUUUGUAG